UGAAUUUGAAAUCGGGCGCACCAGAAUGGAAUGUAAUUUGAAUCAAGAUGGGGUUCCUAGACCAUCUUACGUUUUUAGUGCUGACCCACUUGCAAGACCUUCGGGAAUAAAUUUUGAUGGCAUUAAGCUUGAUCUCUCUCAUGAAUUUUCCUUAGCUGCAUCAAACACUCAAGAAAACAAUUUGGCAUCUAAAGAUUGUCUCCAAGUUUAUCUUCGAAUAAGACCAUUCACACGGUCUGAAAAAGAACAUGAGUCUGAGGGCUGUGUGCAUGUUCUAGACUCACAGACUGUUUUGUUGAAAGAUCCUCAAAGCAUUCUUGACCGGUUAAGUUUGAAAAAUGCUGGACAAGUGGUACAGAAAUUCAGUUUUUCCAAAGUUUUUGGACCAGAAACUUCCCAGAAAGAAUUCUUUCAGGGUUGCAUUAUGCAGUCAGUAAAAGACCUCUUAAAAGGACAGAGUCAGCUGGUUUUCACAUAUGGACUAACUAAUUCAGGAAAAACAUACACAUUUCAAGGCACAGAAGAGAAUAUUGGCAUCCUGCCUAGAACUUUGAAUAUACUGUUGGAUAGUCUUCAGGAAAGACUGUAUGUCAAGAUGAACCUUAAACCACAUAGAUCCAGAGAGUACUUAAGGUUAUCACCAGACCAAGAAAAAGAAGAAGGUUCUAGCAAAAAUGCAUUACUUCGACAAAUUAAAGAGGUCACUAUGCAUAAUGACCGCUAUGGAAGCUUAAUGAACUCUUGGAACAGCUCAGAAUUGGAAGAAUCCAUGAAAGAUUGUGAACAAACUAGCUUGAAUAUGGAUAAUAAUAUAAAAUUCUCUAUAUGGGUUUCUUUUUUUGAGAUUUACAAUGAGUGUAUUUAUGAUUUGUUUGUUCCUUUGUCAUCUAAAUUCCAAAAGAGAAAGAUGCUACGCCUUUCACAAGAUGUUAAGGGUUAUUCUUUUAUAAAAGAUCUACAGUGGGUUCAAAUAUCUGAUUCCAAGGAAGCAUGUAGGCUUCUAAAGUUGGGAAUAAAGCACCAGAGUGUUGCCUUCACAAAACUGAACAAUGCUUCUAGUAGAAGUCACAGCAUAUUUACUAUUAGAAUAUUACAGAUUGAAGAUUCUGAAAUGCCUCGUGUGAUUCGAGUCAGUGAACUGUCUUUAUGUGAUCUUGCUGGUUCUGAACGAAGCAUGAAGACACAAAAUGAAGGUGAAAGAUUAAGAGAGACUGGAAACAUCAACACUUCUUUAUUGACCCUGGGAAAAUGUAUAAAUGUUUUGAAGAACAGUGAGAAGUCAAAAUUUCAACAUGUUCCUUUCCGGGAAAGUAAACUUACCCACUAUUUUCAAAGUUUUUUUAAUGGUAAAGGGAAAAUAAGUAUGAUUGUCAAUAUCAGCCAAUGUUCCUUUGCUUAUGAUGAAACACUCAAUGUACUAAAAUUCUCAGCCAUUGCUCAAAAGGUUUGUGUUUCAGAUAUUUUAAAUUCUUCUCAAGAAAAAUCUUUGGGAUUUGUUAAGUCUUCUAAUGAUGUAUCAUUGGACAGUAAUUUGGAUAACAAAAUAUUGAAUAUAAAAAUAAAUAACAUCUCAUGGGAAAAUAGUCUAGAGGAUCUGGUGGAAGAUGAAGAUCUGGUGGAAGAUGAAGAUCUGGUUGAUAAUCUAGAAAAAGCUGAAGACAAAUUAAAUGUGGAAACUGAAAUUACUGAUGAAAAUCUAGAUAAAACAUUAGAGGAAGAUAAGGCUUCUGGUAGCCAUCAAGAGAGCAGAAAGUUGUUGGACUUAAUAGAAGACUUGAAAAAAAAACUAAUAAAUGAAAAAAAGGAAAAGUUAACAUUGGAAUAUAAAAUUCGAGAAGAAGUUACACAGGAAUUUACUCAGUAUUGGGCUCAACGGGAGGCUGAUUUUAAGGAAACACUCCUUCAGGAACGAGAGCUAUUAGAAGAAAGUGCUGCACAUCGUUUAGCAAUCUUCAAGGAUUUGGUUGGUAAAUGUAACACUCAAGAUGAACCAACAAAUGGAGUUUUUGCCAUGAAAAUGGAAACUGAAGAGGCACAUAAUUAUGUCAGAUUUGAAGAUAUUAUUGAUUCUCUUCAAGAUGAUGUCUCUGGUAUUAAGAAACAGGCUGAAAUUGCUUACUUACACAUUACAUCUCUUGCUGAUUCUCAGGAAGCUAUUGCUUGCUUGCAGCUAAAUUUUAAUCAAGUUAAAGACGAACUAGCUAGAACCAAAGAAGAAUUAAUCAAAACCAAAGAUGAGUUAAAAAAAAGAAGAACUGAAUUGGAUUCAUUGAUUCAAGAACAAAAGACAUUUAAUAAGGAUGAGAUUAGUAUAUCUUCUUUAGUCAACAAGAAAUCAUCUUGUGAUGCAACAGUAGAAAUGACUAACAGCAAAAUCAAAAUGUAUUCAGAAAGAAAAAGAUUGAAUGAAAAUGAACUUCAACAAGAUGAGCCUCCAGCAAAGAAAGGAGCUUCACUUGUUAGUUCAAGUGCCAGUGAAGAAAAAAAGAAAAGUGAAAAAAUUGAACAGAUUAUUUCAGAAGAUGGGGAAGAGAAUAGAUUUUUACAAGAAAGUAACGAAGAGCUGAAAACACUUGUCUUCAAUGUUCAGAAAGAACUUAAAAAUGAAGAAGAACAAAAAGCACAAUUAAGUAAACAAAUUGUUAGUUUGCAGGAAGAACUUUCUUUUUCUAAAAAGGAGAGCUUAACCUUACGUAUUCAAAUACAACAAAUUCAGUCAAAUUAUGACAGUGCAGUUGCUGAAUUACAUGCACAGAAAGGUAUAAAUCAAAAACAGGAGGACGAAAUCAUGAAAUUGUCAAAGGAGAUAGAAACUGCUACAAGAUGUAUUACAAACAAUGUCUCACAAAUAAAAAUAAUGCAAACAAAAAUAGAUGAACUACGUUCGCUUGAUUCAGGUUCUCAGACCUCAAAUAUAGACUUACUCAACCUUUGGGAUUUGUCAAAGGGUUCUCAGGAAGAUCGUUUGUCAAAUAUACAGUCACAGUCUUCAGAUAAGCAGGAUAAAGAUUAUCCUAUUCAAGAACUCAGUAGGGAAAGUUCUUUCUACUCUAGUAUUGAAGCCAUUUGGGAAGAAUGUAGGGAGAUUGUGAAAGCUUCCUCCAAAAAAAGUCAUCAGAUCCAAGAACUGGAGCAACAAAUUGAAAAACUGCAGGCAGAAGUAAAUGGCUAUAAGGAUGAAAACAAUGAACUAAAAGUAAGGGAGAGGGAAGAUAAGAAUAAAGAUGAUCUCCUGAAAGACAGAGAAAAUCUUAUACAGCAACUGAAAGAAGACUUUCAAGAAAAAUGUGUUGCACUUUCUGAACUUACACAAGACAUUGCUAGCUAUAAAUUGAAAAUAAAGGAACUUGAAACAGUCUUAGAAUCUCAGACAGAUGCAUGUAGGCAUUUAGCUAAGUUACAACAAGAUGUUUUGGAAAAGGACUCUAUCAUCUUAAAGCUGGAAGGGACUCUGGAGGAAUUUCAAACAAACCUUCAGGAUUCUGUCAAAAACAACAAAGAUUUAAGUGAAAAGGAAGUUAAGUUGAAAGAAGAAAUCAUACAGUUAACAAACAGUUUGCAAGAAAUGAAGCAUUUACUUCAAUUAAGAGGAGAUGAAAAGGAAAACAACAGGCAGGAAACAGAAAAAUUGAAAGAAGAGCUUGCUGAAAGCUGUGUUCUAUCUCAGAAUCUCAAAGCAGAUCUUCAGAGAAAGGAAGAAGAUUAUGCUGAGUUAAAAGAGAAAUUGAUGGAUGCCAAAAAGCAGAUUGAACAAGUACAGAAAGAGGUAUCUGUAAUGCGUGAUGAGGAGAAAUUACAAAGGAUUAAGAUUAAUGAAUUGGAGAAAAAGAAAAACCAGUAUUCACAGGAAAUAGAUAUGAAACAACGAACUAUUCAGCAACUCAAGGAACAACUAAAUAUUCAGAAAAUAGAAGACAUCAGACAACAGUAUGAGGAAGUAUGCAAAGAACUGAAUAUUAAAGAGAAAAUAAUUAAAGACAUGCAAAUGACACUGGAAGAACAAGAAAAAACUCAAGUAGAACAAGAUCAGGUACUUGAAGCUAAACUAGAAGAAGCUGAUUGGCUGACCACAGAAUUGGAAAAAUGGAAGGAAAAAUGCAGAGAUCUAGAAACCAAAAAUAAUCAAAGACCAAAUAUAUUUGAUGACAACACUGAUAUCCUUAAUACAAAGUUCCAUAAGCUUCAUGAUGAGUUACAGGAAGCUGAAGAGAAAUACAAAGCUGACAGAAAGAAAUGGCUCGAAGAAAAAACGAUGCUCAUCACACAAGCAAAAGAAGCUGAGAAUCUGAGAAACAAAGAGAUGAAGAAGUAUGCUGAAGAUAGGGAGCGUUGUUUAAAGCAACAAACUCAAGUGGAAAUACUGACCUCACAGCUGGCAGAGAAGAAUAAUGACCUUCAAAAAUGGAGAGAAGAACGGGAUCAGCUGGUUACUGCCUUAGAAAUACAGCUGAAAGCACUGAUCUCCAGUAACGCUAAGAAAGAUCAUGAAAUUGAACAGCUGAAAAAGAUCACUUCAGAAGUUUCUGAAAUAGAAAAACCUCCCACAGAUCUUCAGCCUCAACAUAACAGUUCCACAGAUCCUGGCAGCAUUAAAACUGAAAUUCAGCCAACAAGUUUUGAUGUUUCCAGGAGUGCGUCAGAGGAUGGAUCUUUAGUUCUUGACUCAUGCGAAGUAUCGACAGAAAAUGAACCCAAUACUCGAUUUCCAAAACCUGAAUUAGAAAUACAGUUUACACCUUUACAGCCAAACAAAAUGGCAGUGAAACACCCUGGUUGUGCCACACCAGUGACAGUUAAGAUUUCCAAGACUCGAAAGAGGAAGAGUAGUGAAAUGGAUGAGUGUAGUAUAUUUUCAAGGUGGUGGAAGAGCAGAAAUAAUAUUAACCAUACUCCUGAAGCUCUCUGUCAGGACUUGGUGAAAUGUGAAAAUAAAAAGAACAUUACACCUAAGGUUCUGGGAAUUCCUAGAAAUUCUCCUGUCAAAAAGGAACAAAAGGUUUCCACACAUCCACCAUCUAAGAAAACAUAUUCUUUACGGAGUCAGGCACCCACAGUCAAUGUAAACUUAGCCACUAAGAAAAAAGAAGGAACGCUACAGAAAUUUGGAGACUUCUUACAACACUCUCCAACAAUUCUUCAGUCAAAAGCAAAGAAGAUAAUAGAAACAAUGAGUUCUCCAAAAUUCUCAAAUGUAGAAGCAAGUAAAGAAAAUGUGUCUCAACCAAAAAGAAGCAAAAGAAAAUUGUACACAAAUGAAAUUUCAUCUCCUAUUAAUAUAUCUGGCCAAGUGAUUUACAUGGAGCAGAAAGUGAAGGAAAGUGAUCACCAGAUUCUGAAACGAAGACUUCGAACAAGAAUAGCCAAGUAACUCACUCACUUUUGGGCAAUGUCUUAUGCAAAUUUCAUAUUGAUGAUCACUGUAACUUGUAAUAUAUGGAUAACUAUAUAUUAUGAUGCCACUUGAUCCCUUUGUACAGAGAUUGUUUUAUAUAGUGUAAUUUUAACUCAAUAAAGAAAUCAAUCAUU